GCUGGGAGGGGAAGCUGCUCACGAGACCUGGAAAGUUGUGGCUGCCAAACUCCAGUUUCUCAACUGAAGAAGCGGAGUAAAAGAGAGAGACAGAUGUGCACACAGAGAGCCAGCGAAAGAGCAUGCGUGCAACUCCUCUCAGCAGGGACAGGGCCUGAACAAGCAUCUGGAAGGAGCAAGAAGUAAAUAUUUACAGCUCUUGAUUAUAAGGUCAAGAAUGAUAUUCCCAUCCCAGGAGGCUGCUUAGCCUCCUGGGGAGGGAAAGACUUGGUUUGCUGGCACUGCCUAGUGUGGGAAGGAUGUGCUGAUUGGAGUAGAUGGAGCGGCUGGGAUUUCCCCAUUUGCUCUUUUCUUCUUCUUAAAGGAGAUCUGCAUUCCCACCCUUUUUGUAAUCUGCUGCUAGAUAACUGACAAACUUAACAGAGACCAUCCACACACUUAAGGAGGUUCACAGAAAAGCUCAACUUUGGAAACCUGAAGCCCUAUGAAUUACAGAAUUCUUACAAGUGCCUUUCUUCUAAUAGCAUGGAGCCUCAGUACCUGGUGGUGGUGGUGCUGAGUCUGGCCAGGCCAGGCCUGUCAGGUGUCGAACCACUGACGGGGCCAAAGUGCACCUACACCUUCAUCUUGCCACAGCAGAAGUUCACGGGGGCCGUGUGCUGGAGCAGCGUGCGCCUUCCCCCAGAGCCUCCGGGCCUCAAUCGCUCUGAGGUGGCCGAGCUGCGUGAUCAGCUGCACCACCAGCAGGCCCAGAUGGAGGAGCUGCGCCGACUAGUGGAGGUGGACGGGGCCGUGGUGAGUGAAGUCAAGGCCCUGCGCAAGGAAAGCCGCAACAUCAAUGCUCGUGUCACCCAGCUGUACACUCAGCUGCUUCAUGAGAUCCUCCAGCGACGAGAGCGGCCAGUGCAGACCUCACAGCUUGAAGGGAGGGUGGCCAACGCCUCUGCCGAGGCCUUGCGCGUGGCGGCCAGUUAUCGCCAGCUGGAAGGGAAGUACCAUGCCCUGGCUGCCCUGGUCAACAACCAGAGUGCCCUCAUCAGCCAACUGGAGAGAGACUGCCAGCAAGGAGCCAGUGGCCGGGGGAGCCCACAGCCCCCCCUGGUGCCAGUGGUGCCUCACAACCCUGCAAGCAUCGCCAAUGAGAGCAGGGUCCAUUUUGAUGCCGUCAAUGACAUCCAGCGAGACCGGCCACACAAGGCGGCAGUGCCACAGGGCGGCACUCUUCAGCCGCCUGCUGUCGUGCCCACCAAAUCCACAGGAGAAGCACAGAUCCCAUCUGGAAAUACCCAAAAAGGCCAUCCAGGGCCAUGGCGUGACUGUCAAGCAGCUCAACAGAAUGGGCAGACCAGUGGCAUCACCAUGCUACAACCAACUGGUGCCCGGGGAAUCAUCCAGACCUGGUGUGACCAGGAGUAUGAUGGGGGUGGUUGGACUGUCAUCCAGCGGCGGCAGGAUGGGUCGGUCAACUUCUUUAUCACCUGGCAGCACUACAAGAAUGGUUUUGGGAACUUGGAAGGAGAACACUGGCUGGGUCUCGAGUUCAUUCACUGGCUGACUCGCCAGGGCUCGUAUGUGCUGAGGGUUACCAUGGAAGACUGGAGUGGGCGACAGGCAUACGCAGAAUACAGCACCUUUGCCCUAGAACCUGAGAAUGAUUUCUACCGGUUGCGACUGGGGCGCUAUCAAGGCAACGCUGGUGAUUCCCUCUCCUGGCAUAAUGGCCGACAGUUCAGCACCCUCGACCGUGACCAUGAUGCUUACUCAGGCAACUGUGCCCACUUCCAGAAAGGUGGUUGGUGGUACAAUAUGUGUGCCCACUCCAACCUUAAUGGUGUCUGGUACAAAGGAGGGCACUACCGAAGCCGUUAUCAGGACGGGGUCUACUGGGCAGAGUUUCGUGGCGGUGCCUACUCACUCCGCAAGGUGGUCAUGAUGAUCCGGUCUCCACAAGGCACCUGAUUUCUGUACCUGGAGUAAGAAAGGACGCAUACCAAGGGCAGGUCUAGAUAUUUAAAAACAGGAGUCACUGAGCUCUGAAAGCUCACUUGCCAUGUUCUCAGUCAGACAUACAGCCUCCUUCUCAAAGCAAGCUCCUUCUAGUGCCAGUGACCUGUAGAAACUGUGGGUGCACUAUGCUAACGGUGGGUGGGUGGGGGGGCUUGUGGCAUUCCCUGAGCAGUUGUCCAGAUUUUAAAAGAACAUUUUUCCCUUUAAAAAAUAACUGAAAAUAAUUAAAGGUGCCAAAUGAUGUUUUAAAUGUACAUGCAGCACCUUAAACAAUUAACAGUCAGCACCUUUAAAAAAAUUGGAAAUCAAAAAGCGAAGGGGGUGUUCAGCAAAACUGAAGAGAGAAUUAGCAUAUGGGGGGGAGGUGUUUGUUAUUUUCAGUGGGUGCUUCUAGGUGGGGCCUCCUUACACCUACAAGUUUUUCACAGUGUCCACAUAAGUGGCAUCAAAAUGCUAGUCUGAACUUUCCACCUCAUUAAAUUUGGAUUUGUCAAUUUUGGAGGAAAUCCAGUGAAGUUAAAAACAAACAAAUACUGUAAACAAAACAGCUUGUUGCCAGAAACCUUUGGUACCUGAACGGCCUGCAAGCACUCAUCUAGAAACACAUGUUUUAAAUCUGACGACACAUGUUUUAAAUCUGCAGCUUUAUACUUACAUACCUUGGAGCAAGCCACACAUGAGUCAAUGAGUGGAGGUGUAUAGGACUGCAUCAUCUUCACUCUCUACAAUCCAGGUGUAACAACCCAGUUUGUUGUGACAUGUGAAGCCUUGGAGGUUGCAUUCUCCCCAUCACAUGCCAAAAAAGGAAAUAAAAAACUUCAGUUCCCCUAAUUAGAAGCACAGUUUGUUGCUGUGUGGAAACUUUGCAAAUGAUAGUGUGUUCAAACUAUGAUUUCUUAACUAUCCAGGAUUAUGUGGUUUGUUCCAUGCUGCUGUAUACUCCUCCCUCCCCACAUUGUGGAACUAGUUACUCUUGUAGAGGCUGAAACACCCCGUGGUAGAAAACAACACUGCAGCGAUUUAAGGAUCGCCACUUUCAUAAUCCUAACAGAAGCGUCAUUAGCACUGCUGUAGCAGACUCUGGGCUCAUCCAGACUUCUGUGCCGUGUUCCUUGGCACAAGUGUGUACUUUAAAGCUCUGUGUCCAAGCACUUUUUCAUUUUUGGUUGCCCUAAUGCUUUCCCUGCAAAAACCCACGCUCUACUGCCGAGUCUGUGCAAACGGAAA